GAUGUAUGUGUUGGAUGAACUGCAUCGCAACACAUCAUGGAGCUUCUAGCGACUGAGCACCUUAUCUUGGCAUUAGGGUCUGCGACUACCGCUGCAAUAGUGCUAUUUCUAUGGUCCUGUUUUUCAUCCGGUAGCCGUGAUCCAAGACUACCGCCCGGACCACCAACAAGCCCGUUGUUCGGUAAUGAACUGCAAAUCCCAAAGGCGGACGCCCACUUUAAAUUUGGAGAAUGGGCCAAACAGUACGGUGGGAUCUUCUCGCUUAAGCGAUUCAAGAACACGACCAUCGUUAUUACGGACCGGCGCAUGAUCAAAGAACUCGUCGACAAGAAGAGCAAUGUCUAUUCUAAUCGACCGCAGUCACUGGUAUCUCAUCUGAUCACAAAUUCCGAUCACUUGCUCGUAAUGCAAUACGGCGAAAGAUGGCGGCAGCUGCGCAAAGCAGUACAUCAGUAUUUUAUGGAGAGCAAAUGUGAAAAAGACCAUUGGAAGGUACAAGAAGCAGAAGCAAACCAGAUGCUUUAUGAUUUCUUGACGAUGCCAGAGGACCACAUGCUUCAUCCCAAGCGAUACUCAAAUAGUAUCACCAACUCCUUGGUGUUUGGUAUUAGAUCAAGGAGUGUACGUGACGAGUACAUGGAGAAGUUAUUUUACCUCAUGGAAAAAUGGAGUCUCGUUCUAGAAUUGGGCGCUACACCACCAGUAGACGAUUUCGCGCUGCUACGAUUACUACCUGAACGCAUUGUUGGACGGUGGCGGACACCAGCGAUCGAGGUCAGGGACCUGAUGACUAGUCUUUAUAAGACAGUUCUUGACCAGGUCCGUGAGCGUCGUAGUCGCGGCAUCAAUCGGGGCUCAUUCAUGGACGGCAUUCUCGAUGGACUGGGCAAGAUGCCUAUGGAAGAGAAUGAGCUUCAAUUCCUGGGCGGCGUUCUUAUGGAAGGGGGCUCUGACACAUCCUCAUCGCUGAUCUUGACGAUCAUCCAGGCAUUGACAAAGUUCCCAGCAGUACAAGCUAAAGCUCAGGCAGAAAUCGACACCCAUAUUGGGACAGAUCGUUCUCCCACUUGGGACGAUUUUCCCAAAAUGCCCUACAUCAAUCGUAUGAUCAAAGAAGCUCAUCGAUGGCGUCCUGUCAGUCCACUCGGUGUUCCACACGCCGUAGCUGAAGACAACUAUAUCAACGGCAUGCUUAUCCCCAAGGGAUCAACGAUAGUCCUAAACGUUUGGGGUAUGCAUCACGACGAAACACGAUGGAUCAAACCCGAAGAUUUUGAGCCCGAUCGCUUCUCAGAGCACGUGGCCCUUGCGCCUGCGUACGCUGCAUCAGGCGAAUGGGAGAAGCGCGACCAUUAUGGAUAUGGCGCUGGCCGCCGAAUUUGUCCUGGAAUCCAUCUUGCAGAGCGAAACUUAUUUAUUGCGGUCGCGAAGUUGAUAUGGGCAUUUGAAUUCACGCAACCCACUGGUUCUGAGAGCGACACCAAUCCUGAAUCGGGCGCAAGUCAAGGGUUCUUGCACUGUCCAAAGGACUAUGGUCUUACGAUCAGGCUGAGAUCUCCAGACAAGGCCGAGACAAUCCGCAAGGAAUAUGAGCAAGCGCAAUCAGUAUUCGCAAGAUUCGAUUGAGCUAGUAUCAUGCGCUACGACUCGGAAUGGUAUCUCGGAGCACUUUCGAUCAACGCGAAGUAGAAUGAACUCUUCUCUUUUUGCCUUCUUUCUUCAGUCGUUGCAUUUGAAUCGUACGUCCGGUAUGAGCUCAGCUAUCAAUCGCGCAUGUUUAGACCUCGGUAUUAUGUAAAUCUUGAGUAAUGACAUUUUCACAGCGGUGAAUGGCUUUUGAAUGGACCACGUGUACUUUGACGUUAGACAUACUUAGUAUUCUCGUAUGCGGGCCGGGCAUCGAAGC